CAAGCCAUCAUCAACAUCAACUCAAACAGACUAUCAAAACACAUGGAGAAAAACAUGGCAAUGUCAACUUCAUGCAUAUUCCUCAUUCUCGCUGUGCUCAUCUUUAGCGACGGGUUCCACGGAGCGGUCGCUAAAACCGAAACGCUCGAUUUCAACAAGCACAGGGUCGACGGGAACUGCGGCGAGUAUGUCGACUCUCGCCCCGAAAUGAGAGUCGAGGCAUUGAGAUCCAUAGAUCUUGCGAUCGACGUCGCGACCAAAGGCAAGAAACCCAACACAUGCGCAAUGGCGACGGGUUCUUCUAUCUUCGCAGCUGCGAAUUGCUCCAAGGAGCUCAGUAAACCUAAGAGGACUGACGAUUGCAGGAAUUGCCUCUUCAAUGCUCAGUUCCGUGUGGUCGACAAGGAGUGCCCGCAGAAAUUCGGGGGCUGGAUCAAGCUCGUCGACUGUUACGUGAGGUACGACACCUACAAAUUUUGCUGAGUGAAGCGCGCGAGCUAGCUCGAUCGUGUGGGAAGAUGUUGCAGUUUGGUCAUAUUGAAGAAAGGGAAAGCUACUUUUAUAUAUAUAUAUGUAAGAAAACGAUGAUGUUUUA